AUGAAGAAGGCAUCAUCACCAGCGGGGGCGGUGAUCCCUGACGCGUGGGAUGACGAUUGGGAGUCGCGAGUCGAUACCUUUGCGCGCGAGCAACGGCAACCAACGCCCCAAAACGUCGUCGACGAGGCAUCCCUCUCCAAAACCGAGCGGCUCCAGCGACACGCCGAGACGAAUCGGAAACUGUGGGAGUCAGCCGACGCAAGCCAGACCUUCCACUUCCUCGAGGCCAGCAACGCGGUCCCCCUGACAUCCACCUUCAAGCCCCAGGUGAAGGUCCUCAGCCGCAAACCCAUGCUCGCCAGGCGCGAUCCCGUCACGGGUCUGUCGCAGCUCACCCUUGACAACGACGACGACGACGCCGAGUCGGACGGCAAAGGCGUUCAGCUGUCCCCCGAAGAGAUCCGCGCCAAGCAGAAGCGCGAUCGCGAGGAAAAGCAGCGGCGGUACGACGAGGCGCGCGCCAAGAUCUUUGGAGAGUCCGCGCCAUCGUCGGCCGGCUCCUCGCCCGGCACCGUCACGCCUCCUCGAGCCGACUCAGGUCGAUUUCCUUCCCAGGGCCGAGGGCGGGCGCGUGGAGGGCGCGCCUCCAACUUUGACGGCACCCGCCAUCAGCCGGACAUGAGGCGGCAGAACUUGCCGAGCGGGCCGUCCAGGGAGCUCUACAACCCGAACCACUCCCCCAGACAGGAGUCUCUCUCGCGGAGGCGAACGCCGGAUGGCGAGCCGUCCAAGAGCUCGCAGGCCAUAAAAGAGGACAUGUAUCAGCCGAUUCGGGCACCGAGAGGACCCGACGGCACCGGCAAAGGGUUUGCCUUUGCGCGACGAGCGGCGGCCAACGGCAGUUGA